GAAGCGGAAAGCCGCGCCGAGUCGCCGGGGACCUCGGUGAACCAUGUUGAGCCCUGCCAACGGGGAGCAGAUCCACCUGGUGAACUAUGUGGAGGACUACCUGGACUCCAUCGAGUCUCUGCCUUUCGACCUGCAGAGAAACGUCUCGCUGAUGCGGGAGAUCGACGCGAAAUACCAAGAAAUCCUGAAGGAACUAGAUGACUGUUAUGAGAAAUUUAAACGGGAGACGGACAGCAACCACAAGAGGAGAAUGUUGAACUGCAUUCAGAGAGCCCUGAUCCGGAGCCAGGAGCUGGGUGACGAGAAGAUCCAGAUUGUGAGUCAGAUGGUGGAGCUGGUGGAGAAUAGGACCAGGCAGGUGGACAGUCAUGUGGAACUCUUUGAGGCACACCAAGAGGUCAAUGACACCACUGGCCACAGUGGCAAAGCCGGCCAGGAUAAGUCCAAGAAUGAGACAAUCACACAGGCGGAAAAGCCCAAUAACAAGAGGUCUCGGCGACAGCGCAACAAUGAAAAUCGGGAGAAUGCAGCUAAUAAUCACGACCAUGAUGACAUCACCUCAGGAACCCCUAAGGAGAAGAAAGCAAAGGCCUCCAAGAAGAAGAAACGCUCCAAGGCCAAAGCAGAGAGGGAAGCAUCCCCUGCAGACCUUCCCAUCGACCCAAACGAGCCCACGUACUGUCUGUGCAAUCAGGUCUCCUAUGGAGAAAUGAUUGGCUGUGACAAUGACGAGUGCCCCAUUGAGUGGUUCCACUUCUCCUGUGUAGGACUGAAUCAUAAACCAAAGGGCAAGUGGUACUGUCCCAAAUGUCGAGGGGAGAAUGAGAAAACCAUGGACAAAGCCCUGGAGAAAUCCAAAAAGGAGAGGGCUUAUAGCAGGUAGUUGGUGGGCCUUGCUGAGCAGCGAGGACAACUAAGCCAGUGUAUUUAUUACAUCGCCAUCUUUGGUGAGGCGCAAAGACUGUACAAUGUAUAUUUUUAAAGAAUGUUAGAAAAGGAGCCAUUCCUUUUGUAGGGAUGGCAGUGAUUCUCUGCCUUUUGUUUUCGUUGGUACACAUGUGUAACAAGAAAGUGGUCUGUGGAUCAACAUUUUAGGAACUACAAAUAUAGGUUUGAAUUAAACACUCAAGUGAGUCUCAGACUGAUUUUUUUUUUUGGCUGGGAAGUUGACUUGGAAGCAACCUAACACGUUAAAUGUAGACAGAAAAGAUUCAUUUAGCUACUGUUUUGUUUUAACAAAAAUAAUGUUAUUAUUUCGUGAACAAAUUUUUAAAAAAUUAGUCAACUUGCUAAGUCUUCUUGCUAUAAUGAUGUAUAUCCAUAUAACAAUUCAAUAAAAGGGUUUAAAGUUUGAA